CCAGAUCUGAUGCCAUAAUGAUAAUACUCGCACUGUUCGUGUCACUCCUCUUUGCGGUAGCAAGGCGUUAUUCUGGUAAGUAUGUCCAUUUGGUCUCUAACAAUUUCAAUUUUUAUUUCACAAUUAACUGAGAGACUUCUUGCCCUAUUUGGUCAUCAAGCGCUAUGGUCGAUGUAAGUUUUUUUAAAAACUUUUUUAGGAGCGGCCGGGAAUGUCUCUAGUAGGGAGGGCGCAUUUAGACACCCACGGCUGCUUACGGCACAGUUCGUGUUAUCAUCCUCCGCCUUCGGCCACGGCUUACAACACUUACAACGGCCUUGACCGACCCCAUUCAAUAAUUGGCCUGCAUUGUUCAUUAUUGUUAAGUCACAAGAGUCAAAGUGCCCAAUUUCAUCCUUUCUAGCUUUGGAUUGCCCAGAAACGUGGAGAGAAUUUGAAGGCUUUUGCUACAAGGUUAUGGAUAGGCUCGGUUAUACGCCGAGAUUUGCUUGGUCAACAGCUUUAAGUGGGUGUUUUGGGUUUGGAGGAGACCUGGUAAGCAUAUCGAAUGAAAAGGAAAUGAAUUUUGUCCAUGACAUGGCCUUCAAGGACGCAAACCGCACUUCUGUUUGGAUUGGGUUGGCGUAUCGGCAUCUUAAGGGUGGAUAUGUAUGGAACAAUGGAGAAUCGUUUAACAUUUCUGUUUCUGUCCAACGGCUCAACAUGUCGAGAAUUGUUUAUGAAAAUAAAUGCGUCGAAAUCUUGAAAAAUAGCUCGAACCUC